CAGUUUUUCACUUUUACCUGCUCCCUACUGGUGACAUUUCGAAGCUACCAUUUCCGUCGUUGCCCAUUACCCAAACCCAUCUUUGAGUAGAUAACCCACCCCCGUCGCGUGCCUCCACUUCAAGCCACCACCGCCAUAGCGUCUCGACGUCUCCUAAGCCAAAUAUCCAACCACACGAGUGGUUUACUUACAAAGGCACAGAAGGACGAUAUGUGCAUAUAAAUGGACGAUAUGUACAUAUAAAUUGAUUAAAAAAAAUCAGUUGUCAAGGAUGGAACUCAUUAACUCAUGACCACAAAGGCACAAAAGAGCCAUAUGUUGGUAAAAAAACAACAUGCUCUCGUUGAGAGUCGAACUCAAGACCUCCCGCUUACUAAACGGGUGCUCUAACCAACUGAGCUACGAGAGCUGCUUGUUCAAUCCUGGUCACUAUUCUACUUAAAUUAACCCAGCAGAUGCGGGCAGUAAACCCAAAUAAUUCUUUUUGUUCUGUUGUUCAUCAUUCAGUUGUUGAACAGAACACCAGCCGCCAAAAACAUAAACAAGAUGAUGUUACGAUGUUAUCCAGUUUCAAGCAUGUUCAAACUCAAGUACAAACCUGUUGGAUUAUGGCGCAAUAGAUUGUCCAUAGUACCCUUUAUUUCUUCCAACCAUAAUAAUCUUGUUUUCCACUCAAAACCAAUUAAACUCACCGAUGACUCUCCUUUAUCUGGUGUAGAGUGUGUGAUGAUGGACUAUCUGUUUGGAAAGAGAAAGGCCACUGAAGUUGCUCACUCUAUAUGGAAACAUGUAGUCCAGAAAGGGGACGCCGUAGUGGAUGCCACUUGUGGAAACGGUCAUGAUACACUGGCAAUGGCGAAUAUGGUGGCUGAUGAAUCUUGUAGUGGCCAUGUUUAUUCUUUGGAUAUUCAAGAAACCGCGUUACAAAAUACCGCGAGUUUGUUGGAUAAAUCACUUGACCCUCAUAAGAGAGAAACGGUAGAGCUGUUCGCCACCUGUCACAGCAAAAUGGAAGAAGUUGUUCCAAGGGGCGUCACAGUGAGGCUAGUUGCAUUCAACUUAGGAUACCUUCCGGGAGGUGACAAAACAGUGAUUACUAAAUCAGAAACAACGCUAUUAGGAAUGAACGCUGCAAGCAGAAUUCUAGCGUCGGGAGGUCUUAUCAGCGUGCUGGUUUACGUGGGCCAUCCUGGCGGGAUGGAAGAGUAUGAAAUGGUGGAAGGUUUUGCGUCUGGAUUGGCGGUUAACGAGUGGAUAUGCUGCAAGCUCCAAAUGAUGAAUAGACCAUUAGCUCCCAUACUUGUUUUGUUAUGCAAGAGGUAGAAGAAGAUAUCAUUAAUCUUGGAAAAAAGGAUGGAAAUUUAAAUUAUUUUAGAUGAUGUUAUACUUGUCUUGUAGUUAUUGAACCUGUGUAAUUGCAAAUGAGUUAAAAGAGUAUUGAACACCAAAAAGUGGAGAAUUCUUCUCAUUGUAUCUUUUGGGCUAA